AUGGAAUCCCCCAUCGAGGAGCAUGCAUCCAAACUUCUUCCAGCACAAACCCAUAUAUUCAAUCACAUUUACAGCUUCAUAAACUCCAUGUCCCUUAAAUGUGCAAAUGACUUGUGCAUACCAGAUAUCAUACACAAGUAUGGCCAACCCAUGCCACUGUCACAACUCAUUGCUUCACUACCAAUCCACCCCUCCAAAACUGGGGGCAUCUUUCGCUUGAUGCGAAUUUUGACCUAUUCUGGUUUCUUCUUUCAGCAGAAUGUUACUGAAAAUGAGCUAGAAGUGAGGUAUGGGCUAACUGAUGCAUCUAAACUACUGCUUAAGGACCAUCCCUUGAGCAUGACAUCUUACUUGCAUUCCACAUUUGAACCAACUAAGAUAAAGUCAUGGCUUCAAUUUUCUACUUGGUUCAAAAAUGAUGAUCCUACUCCAUUUUUCACGGAAAAUGGGAUGACAUUUUGGGAUCAUGCUGGCCACCAUCCCAAAUUCAAUCAUUUUAUGAAUGAUGGCAUGGCUAGUGACGCUCGAUUGAUUUCCAGUGUGGUGAUUGAAAAGUGCAAAGGGGUGUUCAUGGGAUUGGAGUCAUUGGUUGAUGUUGGGGGAGGCACAGGGACUAUGGCAAAGGCCAUUGCCAAAACAUUCCCACAACUAGAAUGUAUUGUAUUUGACCUCCCACAUGUUGUUGAUGGCUUGCAAGGAAAUGACAAUCUAAAAUAUGUUGGAGGUGACAUGUUUGAGGCAAUUCCUCCUGCAGAUGCCCUUUUGUUGAAGUGGAUAUUGCAUGACUGGAACGAUGAGGAGUGCGUGAAAAUACUGAAGAAAUGCAAGGAGGCAACCACUAACAAAGGGAAAAAAGGAAAGGUGAUUAUCAUAGACAUGGUGAUGGAGACCGAGAAAGGAGACCAUGAAUCUGUUGAAACACAGCUCUUCUUUGAUAUGAUGAUGAUGGUGUUGGUCACUGGAAAAGAGAGAAAUGAGAAAGAAUGGGCCAAGUUGAUUUUCACUGCUGGUUUUAACGACUACAAGAUAACUCCGCUUUCUGGUUUACGGUCUCUUAUUGAGGUUUAUCCAUAG